AUGGACUGGGUUUUUGGGAAGCCGAAUGAGAAAGAGAUCCAACGAAAAGAGAAACGCGAAUUGAGAACAGCUACAAGAGAAUUAAAUUUAGAUUAUCGGCAAUUGGAAAGAAAAGAAAAAGAAUUGGAACAACAAAUUAAACAAUUGGCAAAGUCUGGACAAAAAGAUGUUUGCAAAGUGUUGGCUAAACAACUCGUACAAAUACGCAAUUUAAAAACUAAAAAUGUUGGGACGAAUGCUACAAUUACUUCUAUAUCUUCAAAGAACAGACAAGCUCAAAGUUUAAAUACAAUGGCUAAAGCAAUCGGGACAACAGCUUCUACAAUGCAGCAAGUAAAUGCCCGAAUGCCUGUGCAUAAAUUAGCUGGGCAAAUGCAAGAAUUUGGAAAGCAGCAAGCUUUGAUGGAUAUGAAAGGGGAAUUAAUUGACGAAACUUUGGAUUCUAUGUUAGAAAUGGAUGAUGAAGAUGCUGAACAAAGAGUUAUUGACCAAGUACUUGAUGAAAUUGGAAUUGAGACAAAACAAAAGUUAUCAAAUAUUCCGACGGUUCGUGACGGUUUGGCUUCAUCAAGUGGAAAUGACAUUUCUGAUAAAGAAUUACAGAAAAUGCUUGCUGGAUUGAGAGGUUGA